AUGACUCAGAAGAUGAAGAUUCAGCACCAGUCUCAGAAUCCGAUUCAGAGGACUUCUCUUCUUCUGAGGAAGGAGCAGUUGAGGCUGGGCGCAUUGGCCGGGGUGGAGGGAAUAGACGGAAUACCAGGGGUUGUUACCGGCGAUGAGAUCUCCGGAGCAUCGGCUGAGGCUGAGGGCUGGUUCGCUGGAGCAGAGGCAGGCGAUUCUAUAGAGGCAGCGGGACUCGAGACUGGAGCAGCGAUGGGAGACUUUACUGGGAUCGUAGUUGGAGGGGAAGCAGGGCUAUUCGCCGGAGUAGAGACUGGACUCCUGGCGGCAGAGGGAGAAGAAACAGGGGAAGUCGCCGGAGCAAAAAUAGGAGACUGCAAAGGAGACGCAAUGGUCGGUGAGGAAACAGGGGGAGUUGCUGGAGGAAAGUCACGGGCUUUUGAAGGAGACGCAAUGGUCCGGGAGGAUCUAGGGGAAGUAACCGGAGCAAAAACAGGGGAUUUAACAGGAGUUGCAAUGGUCCAAGAGGUUCCAGGGGAAGUCGCCGGAGAAAAAACAGGGGAUCUCGGCGGAGCUGCAAUAGUCGGAGACAAAACAGGAGACUUUCUCGGAGAAGAGCGAGGGGAUUUCGCAGGAGUCGCGGUGGUCGGAGAGGAAACAGGGGAACUCGUCGGCGUAAAAACAAUAGAUUUCACAGGAGUCGAAACUGUCCGAGAAGAAUCUGGGGCUUUCGCUGGAGACGUCGCAGGUGUCAUCGGAAAAUGUGCGGCGGGGGAGUCAUGGUUCGCCGGAGGAAGUAGAGUGGGUGUUCGAGAUAAACUCGGAGACUUCGCUGGAGGAUAACUGCGAUGUGGUUUCGCAGGGGAGUGCACUGGAGGACUCGCCGGAGGGGGUUGUCUCUCAGCGAGUCUGGGCGAUUGAACGGGUUCAUUGUCGGCUUGUACAUUACCAGAAAUAGAAAGUGAGAAAACAAUUAAAGAAAGUAGGACAAAACGAUUCAUCGUUUUCUUUUGCCGUCUCGUCUCUGAGGAAAAAAAAAAGAAUUAAGAGUGUUCGCAAGUAAUA